AUGCAGAAGUGGUUUUCAGUCGGCGGCGGCGAGGAAUAUCGGCAACAACUGCAUCCACUGAUGUCUUCAUUGUCGUCGUCUUCAUCAUCGUCUCUUUUGGCCGAUUGGAACUCAUACGCAUUGUCAAAACCUUCGGAACAGAGCACCGCCUUGGGGGUUUUUGAUCUCGAUCUCGAAUCUGCUGUUAGGUCUGCCAAUUCGAUUUCUUAUCGUGUUCUUUGUCCUGCUAUUAAUAAUCAAACUCAUAUUCAUACUUUUGUAGCAUUGUGCACGAGGGCUUUGGUUUUGACGAUCAAUCUGCUCGAAACCCUAGUUUUGUUGAUAUUCAUGACUAUUGACUCCAAAGUUUCGUGCUUUUGA